GCAUCAUUCACAACUCAACAUCUUGCCUUAGAACCAACACGUCCUUCUCAUAUUCUUCGAAAUACACUGAAAAUUCUUGUAUUUUCACCUAGCCGGGGAUAUGGCGGUCACUUGCUUCAACCAAGAGUUCACGACCCCUGUUGCUCCAUCUAGGAUGUUCAAGGCACUUAUCCUCGACUCCCACAACCUCAUUCCCAGGAUCGCCCCUCAGGGUAUCAAGAGCAUCGAGUUUGUGGAAGGAGAUGGUGCUGCCGGUAGCAUUAAGCAGACCAACUUUGCUGAUGGUGGACACCUGAAGUGGUUGAAGAACAGGAUCGACGCAGUGGAUGCAGAGAAGCUUGUAUGCAAGUACACUCUUAUCGAGAGUGGCAUUGCAUUCGACAAGAUCGAGUCGGUUGCGUAUGAGGUGAAAUUUGAAGCGUCUAGUGAUGGUGAAUGUGUCUGCAAGAUGAUAAGCGAGUACCACACCAAAGCUGGUGCAGAGCUGAAGGAAGAGGACAUCAAGCAGGGCAAGGACAAGGCCAUGGGACUCUAUAAGGUUGUCGAGGAAUACCUUCUCGCCAACCCUGAUGUCUAUGCUUAAUUGAGCAUAUUUCUAGUUUUUCUUUGCAAGAAUUCAUAUCGUGUUUUUUAUGUUUUGCUUUUUCUUCCCCUUUGGAUGUUUACAAUAUUUGUUGCUCGAUACUUUAUAUAAAUGUGCGGAAGAGCCAAUGAAAUAAAGAAGAAAAAUAUUGAUCUCA